AUGGGUGCAAAUAAUUACAAUAUUGCCGCUGGAACAGAUAUCACUCUUGUUUGUAAUGUGGUUGCAAACCCCUCUCUCACGGCCCUAAGCUGGACACGUAACAGUAAUGGUGCAACAACUGCUUUGACAAUAGAUGGCUCCAAGUAUCAAAAUGGGAACACAGGAAAUCCUUCUCUUACCAUUACAAGUACUAGCAGUGCGGACGAUGGCACUUACACUUGUAUAGCAACUAACAGCAUUGGUACACUUAGUGCUUCCACUGUGUUGACAGUCACUAGUUCUACAUUACCAACUGUAACCAUCGCCCAAACUGCCUUUGGUGCACAAGUGUCGACUACUAUUACUCUCGGCUGUACAGUUACAUCUGAUACUACAGUUACUUCUGUCUACUGGCAGCGUAAUGUAGGACAAGGAACUGAGAUAAUAAAUGGUGAUGGGACACAAUACUCUGGGGCUUCAGUAGCCACACCUUCUUUAACGAUCAUUGAUGCAGAUACAAAUGAUUCAGGAACCUACCAAUGCUUUGCUGUCAAUGCUUUUGGAAUUGGCAGCAGUGACACAGCAACCGUGACCAUUACAUCAGCUGCACCAACAGUAACAGUUGCACAGUCGACGUACAGUGCAACCACAGGAAGCUCAGUCACGCUCACUUGUGUAGUAUCAUCAGCCGCCACAGUUAACACUGUGUACUGGCAACGAACCAUCCAAAGCUCAACUGUCACCUUGACAAUAGACAAUGUCAAGUAUUCUGGAUCCUCAACUGGUACUCCAUCAUUGACUAUCAACAAUGCAGACACAGGAGACAGUGGGUCCUACACUUGCUUCGCAACCAGUACUUUUGGAAUAGGCAGUAGUAACCCCACUACUUUGACUGUAUCUGGAAGUAUUCCAACUGUCACUGUUGCUCAGACCACAAGGUCUGUAAUCACGGGAACAACAGUGACCUUACAGUGUUCAGUCUCUGCUAAUCCAACACACACAAGUGUAUUCUGGCAGUUCACUCCUAGCAAUGGAGUGACUUCUGCACUGCCAAUAGACAAUGUAAAUUAUGGUGGAUCGUCUGUCAACAGUCCAUCAUUAAUUGUGUACAAUGCCAACAGUGGAGACCAAGGCACAUAUGUCUGUUUUGCCAGCAAUCAAGUUGGAACAGGACAAAGUCUCCAGGUCUCACUGACAGUUACAGGAAGUAUUCCAACUGUCACUGUUGCUCAGACCACAAGGUCUGUAAUCACGGGAACAACAGUGACCUUACAGUGUUCAGUCUCUGCUAAUCCAACACACACAAGUGUAUUCUGGCAGUUCACUCCUAGCAAUGGAGUGACUUCUGCACUGCCAAUAGACAAUGUAAAUUAUGGUGGAUCGUCUGUCAACAGUCCAUCAUUAAUUGUGUACAAUGCCAACAGUGGAGACCAAGGCACAUAUGUCUGUUUUGCCAGCAAUCAAGUUGGAACAGGACAAAGUCUCCAGGUCUCACUGACAGUUACAGGAAGUUUGCCAGUCGUCUCAAUAGCCCAGACCAGCUACUCCGUUGUGACAGGACAAACGGUCACACUGGGAUGUACAGUGACCGCCACACCUUCACAUAACAAUGUUUUCUGGCAGCGUAUAGUCAAUGGUGUGCCUUCCACAUUGACCACUGGCACCGGCAAAUACUCUGGAUCCACGGUCAAUACUCCAUCCUUGACUAUCUUCAAUGCUGCGGCCAGUGACAACGCCAUAUACACCUGUUCAGCAACAAAUGCUGUAGGAACUGGAACCAGUGGUCAAACCACACUGACAGUGACAGGAAGUUUGCCAAUCGCCACUAUAGCCCAGACCAGCUACUCCGUUGUGACAGGACAAACGGUCACACUAGGAUGUACAGUGACCGCCACACCUUCACAUAACAAUGUUUUCUGGCAGCGUAUAGUCAAUGGUGUGCCUUCCACCUUAACCACUGGCACCGGCAAAUACUCUGGAUCCACGGUCAAUACUCCAUCCUUGACCAUCUUCAAUGCUGCGGCCAGUGACAACGCCAUAUACACCUGUUCAGCAACAAAUGCUGUAGGAACUGGAACCAGUGGUCAAACCACACUGACAGUGACAGGAAGUUUGCCAAUCGCCACUAUAGCCCAGACCAGCUACUCCGUUGUGACAGGACAAACGGUCACACUAGGAUGUACAGUGACCGCCACACCUUCACAUAACAAUGUUUUCUGGCAGCGUAUAGUCAAUGGUGUGCCUUCCACCUUAACCACUGGCACCGGCAAAUACUCUGGAUCCACGGUCAAUACUCCAUCCUUGACCAUCUUCAAUGCUGCGGCCAGUGACAACGCCAUAUACACCUGUUCAGCCACAAAUGCUGUAGGAACUGGAACCAGUGGUCAAACCACACUGACAGUGACAGGAAGUUUGCCAAUCGUCACUAUAGCCCAGACCAGCUAUUCCGUUGUGACAGGACAAACGGUCACACUGGGAUGUACAGUGACCGCCACACCUUCACAUAACAAUGUUUUCUGGCAGCGUAUAGUUAAUGGUGUGCCUUCCACAUUAACCACUCUCACCGGCAAAUACUCUGGAUCCACGGUCAAUACUCCAUCCUUGACCAUCUUCAAUGCUGCGGCCAGUGACAACGCCAUAUACACCUGUUCAGCCACAAAUGCUGUAGGAACUGGAACCAGUGGUCAAACCACACUGACAGUGACAGGAAGUUUGCCAAUCGUCACCAUCGCCCAGACCAGCUACUCAGUUGUCACGGGACAAUCGGUCACACUAGGAUGUACAGUUACUGCCACACCUACACAUACCAAUGUUUUCUGGCAGCGUAUAGUCAAUGGUGUGGCUUCCACAUUAGCCAUUGACAAUAGCAAAUACUUUGGAUCCACGGUCAAUAGUCCAUCCUUGACCAUCUCCAAUGCUGCAGCCAGUGAUAGCGUCAUAUACACCUGUUCAGCCACAAAUGCUGUAGGAACUGGAACCAGUGGUCAAACCACACUUGCAGUAACAGGAAGUUUGCCAAUCGUCACCAUCGCCCAGACCAGCUACUCAGUUGUCACGGGACAAUCGGUCACACUAGGAUGUACAGUUACUGCCACACCUACACAUACCAAUGUUUUCUGGCAGCGUAUAGUCAAUGGUGUGGCUUCCACAUUAGCCAUUGACAAUAGCAAAUACUUUGGAUCCACGGUCAAUAGUCCAUCCUUGACCAUCUCCAAUGCUGCAGCCAGUGAUAGCGUCAUAUACACCUGUUCAGCCACAAAUGCUGUAGGAACUGGAACCAGUGGUCAAACCACACUUGCAGUAACAGGAAGUAUCCCUGUGGUACAGGUAGACCAGGCCCAGUACUCUGUAGUUACUGGACAGACAAUCACACUUGGUUGUACAGUUACAGCAGACCCCACUCACACAUCUGUGUUUUGGCAACGCACACUUAAUGGAGUUACCAAAACCACGCUUAGCAUAGACGGUGUCAAAUACAGUGGAUCAACUGUUAGCAAUCCGUCUCUGACCAUCAGCAAUGCCAAUAGUGAUGACAUAGCGUUGUACACAUGUUUUGCCACUAACCCUGUGGGAACUGCCAGUAGUAGCCAAACCACGCUUAAUGUAACAGGAAGUUUGCCAAUCGUCACUAUAGCCCAGACCAGCUACUCCGUUGUGACAGGACAAACGGUCACACUGGGAUGUACAGUGACUGCCACACCUUCACAUAACAAUGUUUUCUGGCAGCGUAUAGUCAAUGGUGUGCCUUCCACAUUAACCACUGGCACCGGCAAAUACUCUGGAUCCACGGUCAAUACUCCAUCCCUGACCAUCUUCAAUGCUGCGGCCAGUGACAACGCCAUAUACACCUGUUCAGCCACAAAUGCUGUAGGAACUGGAACCAGUGGUCAAACCACACUGACAGUGACAGGAAGUUUGCCAAUCGUCACUAUAGCCCAGACCAGCUACUCCGUUGUGACAGGACAAACGGUCACACUGGGAUGUACAGUGACUGCCUCACCUUCACAUAACAAUGUUUUCUGGCAGCGUAUAGUCAAUGGUGUGCCUUCCACAUUAACCACUGGCACCGGCAAAUACUCUGGAUCCACGGUCAAUACUCCAUCCCUGACCAUCUUCAAUGCUGCGGCCAGUGACAACGCCAUAUACACCUGUUCAGCCACAAAUGCUGUAGGAACUGGAACCAGUGGUCAAACCACACUGACAGUGACAGGAAGUAUUCCUGUUGUAACAAUUGCUCAGACGACAUACUCAGUAACAACUGGCUCCACGGUUACCCUACAAUGUACAGUGACUGCAGAUCCAGCUCACAACUCUGUCUUCUGGCAGAAAAUCACCAACGGUGUCACCUCUAAUAUUGUUACUGACGGCAACAACUAUGAUGGCUCAUCUGUGAAUUCCCCAAGUUUAAUCAUUUACAAUGCUAAUUCAGGAGAUGAGGGAGCAUAUAUUUGUUUUGCCACCAACAUUGUUGGAACAGGUCAAAGCAGUCAAACUACCCUGGAUGUAACAGGAAAUAUACCUGUUGUUAACAUCCUUGAGAAUCAGUACUCUGUUAUCACUGGAACAACAGCUACACUUGUGUGUACAGUCACUGCUGAUCCGCCACACAACUCAGUCUACUGGCAACGUAUUCAGAAUGGCAUCACCCAAAAUGUCCUCAUAGACGGUGCCAACUAUGGUGGAUCUACAGUCAAUUCGCCAUCUCUUAUUGUAUACAAUGCAGACGUUGCAGACCAGGGAGUGUAUAUCUGUUUUGCCACCAAUAUUGUUGGAACCGGACAGAGUGCUCAGACAGUUCUCUCUGUCACAGGAAGUCUGCCUGUAGUAACAAUAGCCCAGAAUGCCUACUCUGUGGUGACUGGUCAACCUGUCACACUUGAAUGCACAGUGACUGCAACCCCUGGUCACACAGUUGUAUACUGGCAGCGUUAUAACAAUGGGGUGGCCAGUCAACUGACCAUUGAUGGAACAAAAUACACUGGAUCUACUGUGAAUUCCCCAUCCCUGACCAUCAAUAAUGCUGCUGCAAGUGACCAGUCUGUGUACACCUGCUCCGCUACAAAUGCUGUAGGUACUGGCACCAGUGGUCAGACAACUUUAACAGUCACAGGAUCUCUCCCAGUGCCAACUAUUGCUGAAAAUACCUACAGUGUGAUAACUGGCCAGAGCAUUACUUUGGAGUGUACAGUGUCAUCUGACCCAGCUCACACUGUCGUCUUCUGGCAGCGAAUUAUCAACGGCCAGACACAGUCUAUCAAUAUUGAUGGCUCCAAGUAUGUAGGUUCUACAUUGAGUUCUCCAUCUCUUGUCAUCUCCAAUGCUGCCAACUCUGAUCAAGGAUCUUAUAUCUGUUUGGCCACCAACAUUGUCGGGACAGGACAAAGUUCUCAGACUGUACUAAGUGUGACAGGAACGCUACCUAUUGUCACCAUCUCUCAGAGUACCUACAGUGUUAUCACAGGACAAUCUAUUACAUUGGGCUGUGUGGUGAGUGCAACUCCCACUCACACCUCUGUCUCUUGGCAGCGUGUGGUGAAUGGCCAGUCUCAGGCUAUUGAUGUGAGUAGUUCCAAGUAUGCUGGCUCCACUGUCACCUCACCAUCACUCAUAAUCUUUAAUGCUGCUGAAUCGGAUGAGGGAGUGUACAUUUGUUUAGCUUCCAAUGUUGUUGGGACUGGACAGAGUACUUCGACCACACUUACAGUCACAGGAACUCCCCCAGUUGUCACCAUUGCCCAGACCAGCUACACCAUCACUGUUGGAACCACUGUCACUCUGGGUUGUACUGUUGCAUCUGAUCCUGCCCAUACAUCUGUCUCUUGGCAGCGUGUCAUCAAUGGGCAGACUGAAGCUGUCACCAUAGAUGGAACUAACUUUGGUGGAUCCACCCUCAACUCACCAUCCCUGAUUGUGUACAAUGCAAAUGAAGCAGAUGAGGGGAACUACAUCUGUUUUGCCACCAACACUGUAGGAACUGGUCAGAGUCUUCCGACUGCACUUGUUGUCACUGGAAGUAUCCCUGUUGUAACUGUUACGCAGACACAGUACUCAGUAGUGACAGGAAAUGAUGUCACUAUCCAAUGUUUCGUGACUGCAGACCCGGCACACACUGCUGUAUUCUGGGAGAGAACCAUUGGUGGAGUAACUACACAGAUUACCAUUGACAACAUCAACUAUUCAGGAUCACAGGUCAACAGUCCAUCUCUGAGAAUCCUCUCAACUAACAUCGCAGACACAGGCAUCUAUGUCUGCAAAGCCACAAAUGCUGUGGGUACUGGACAGAGUUCAACUGUUCAACUGAGUGUUACAGGAAAUGUGCCAAGUGUGGUUGUGGCCGUACCCAACUACAGUGUGUUGACAGGCAGUUCUGUCACUCUGGUAUGUACAGUGACAGCCACGCCCUCUCAUUCCUCAGUGCAGUGGAUUAGGGUCGUCAAUGGUGCCAACCAAGCUGUCAACAUUGGAAAUUCAGGAAAAUAUGAAGGAUCAUCUGUCAGCGUGCCAUCUCUUACAAUCAAUGGAGCUCAGUCUAGUGAUCAGGGCCAAUAUGUCUGUACCGCAACUAACUCUGUGGGCACUGGACAGAGUAGUGUCACUACACUGUCUGUCACUGGUAGUCUUCCUGUGGUCACUGUGGCCCAGCCUAACUACUCGGUCAUUAUCGGUAAUGCAGUCACGCUGGUGUGCACUAUCAAUGCUUCUCCAGCAGCCAGUACUGUAUCAUGGAGACGUCUGGUGGGCGGUGUAUCCACUGGUAUCAGCAUUGGCAGCAGCAAGUACUCAGGAAGUGUUAUCGGAAAUCCUUCCUUAACUAUAAAUGAUGCCCAGAACAGUGAUGAAGGCUUCUACAUUUGUCAGGCAACCAAUGUUGUGGGCACAGGGGAAAGUAGCAACACCUAUCUAGACGUAACAGGAACCAUCCCUGUUGUAACAAUAUCUCAGAACACAUACUCUGUACUGCUGGGAUUGUCUGUUACUAUCGACUGUGCAGUGUCUGCUGUUCCCACUCACUCCUCUGUAGAAUGGAGGAGAAUUACAACUACUGGAGGCAACACUGUUUCCACACCGAUUGUCAUUGAUAAUAUCAACUACAGUGGAGGUUCUGUGUCUAGUCCUAAUCUCCAGGUGAACUCUGCUGAAAACAAUGACGAGGGAUUCUAUGUGUGUACUGCCACAAACAGUGUAGGCACUGGUACCAGUAAUCAGGCAUUCCUGUCUGUCACUGGAGCUCCACCAACAGUAACAGUGGCACAGACAAGCUACACCAUCAUUACGGGAGGAACCAUUACCCUUCAGUGUUCAGCGUUCGGUAAUCCAGCUGUGACAAAUGUUGCUUGGACAAGAUCCAUUAACAACGGACCAUUCACAACCAUCACUGUAGAUGGCAACAGUUUCUCAGGGAGUUCUCUCAAUAACCCAUCCCUGACUGUCAUCAAUGCUGAUAGCAACGACCUUGGCAUCUACAAGUGUACAGCUUCAAACUCCCUUGGAACUUCAGAGAGUGAUCAAGUCACUCUCACUGUUACUGGAGAUCCUCCCACUGUUACUGUUGGACAGACCAGUUAUAAUAUUAUCACUGGUUCAGAUGUUACCAUCCAGUGUACAGUGACUGCUGUCCCUGCUGCAAGUGUUGUUUACUGGGAGAAAACAGUGAAUGCUGCAACAACCAGACUCACCAUUGACCAAAUUGCAUAUGGUGGGUCAACCACUGCCACUCCUUCCCUUAUUGUUUACAAUGCACAGAAUGAUGAUAGUGGCGUGUAUAGGUGUAAAGCCAGUAAUGCUGUAGGAACUGGACAGUCUCAGGCUGUAACUGUCUCGGUCACAGGAGCGAUACCAGUUGUCACUAUUUCGGAAGCUUCAUACACUGUCACUACUGGUACAACAGCCACUCUUGUAUGUACUGUGGUAGCCACUCCACAGGCCUCUACUAUCAUCUGGAGAAAAACAGUCAAUAGUGUGACAACCACUGUUCCUAUCAACACUUCAAAGUACAGCGGAGGGACUGUGACUUCGCCAAGUCUGGUUAUAUCAAAUGCUGAUAGCAGUGAUGUGGCUUUCUAUGUCUGCCAGGCAACCAAUGCUGUAGGAACUGGCACCAGUAGUCAGACCUACCUGGAAGUGACUGGAGCAUUACCUGUUGUUCAAGUGCUGCAGUCAUUCUACACUGUCACAAAAGGCCAGUCAGUAACAUUAGAAUGUACAGUAAGUGGCACACCUGUCGCAACUUCUGUUUCCUGGGAACGAACCUCUGGAGGAGUGACAAAUCCUGUUACUGUCGACAAUAAUCUGUAUCAGGGGUCAGUUGUGGGUAGUCCUUCCUUGGUGAUAACAGCAGCUGACAGUGUAGACACUGGAACCUAUACCUGUACCGCCACAAACAGUGUGGGGACUGGCCGCAGUACCACAACCACAUUGACUGUUACAGGAGAUAUACCAACGGUGGCGAUCACUGACCCCUCUUACACAGUUGUCACUGGAUUCUCCAUCACCAUCCCUUGUACUGUAUCAGCUAACCCUCCAGCUACCUUAGUAACCUGGUCCAGACAGGCUUCUAUCAACGAUGCCGCAACCACCAUCAAUAUUGACGGUACCACGUACAGCGGUGGUACUAUCGGUAUACCCUCACUGACCAUCUCCAGUGCUGCCUCAACAGACCAGGGAUACUAUAUUUGUUCUGCAACGAACAGCAUUGGCACAGGAACCAGCGGACAAAGUUAUCUCACCAUUACUGGAGACAUACCAACUGUAACAAUCCCAUCCAAUGCCUACUCUGUCAUAACUGGAUCAUCCAUCCAGAUCCCGUGUUCUGUUCAGUCCAGUCCUCAAGCUAGCCGCAUCACUUGGUCAAAGAUUGUCACUACUGGUGGAAACACUGUCACCACCGACAUCAACAUUGAUGGCUCCAAGUAUCAGGGCAGCUCCACAAGUACCCCAAGUCUUACAAUCAACAACGCCAACAACAACGAUCAAGCCUAUUAUGUCUGCUCAGCCACCAACAGUGUGGGCUCUGCGAACAGUAUCCAAACUUUCCUGACAGUAUCAGGAAGUAUCCCCCAGGUGACAUUAGCACCAGAAUUCUCCACUGUGCUGGGGUCUUCCAUUACCUUAGACUGUGUCGUGUCUGCCACACCGCAAGCUGAUUCUAUCUCAUGGGAACGAAUCAUUGGCGGAGUUACCACCACCCUCACUAUCGAUGGUACAAAGUUUGUUGGUUCAGCUGUCAACAACCCAUCUCUCACCAUUAACAGUGUCUCAACUGAUGACCAGGGCUACUACGUGUGUAUCGCCAUUAACAGUGUGGGUAUUGGGAGAAGUUCACAGGCCUACCUGACCAUCACUGGCAGUAUACCAGCAGUGGUGAUCAGCCAGCCCUCUUACUCUGUUGUCAUUGGCGACACUAUCGUCAUCGACUGUGACUACAGCUCCACACCUGAUGCCACAUCCAUCUACUGGAACAAGAUUGUCAACACACAGACAACUAGAAUUACAAUUACACAGACCAAUAAAUACAGUGGUGCCACUCUCACCAACCCAUCACUGACAAUCACUGGUACAGACAGUAGCGACCAGGCUUUCUACCGCUGUGUUGUUGGAAAUAAUGUCGGUGAAGGUCAAAGUUCACAGGCCUACCUCUAUGUUACUGGCAACCUGCCCUUGGUGACUGUUCCACAGAGCUCUUACAGUGUUUCACUGGAAGACACUGUUACAAUUUUGUGUACUGUAACAGCCACACCAUCUGCCACCUCCGUUACCUGGGAGUACACUAACAAUGCAGGCAUGACCAGUGUUGUUGACCUGACCAAUUCCCGGUAUAGUGGUGGUACCAUAGCUUCACCAUCUCUCCGGAUUGAUUCCGCUCAACUCUCCGACCAGGGGUCUUACAAAUGUAAGGCUACCAACACUGUCGGUGAAGGAGAGAGCUCAGACAUCUAUCUCUAUGUUACUGGAACUCUUCCAUCAGUGAGGGUCACAGUAUCUGCCUACACUGUGGAUGUUGGAAGCCAGGCGACACUGGCCUGUAUUGUAGAGGCCUCCCCUCCGGCUACCUCAGUCUACUGGACAAAGAUUAUUGAUGGUGUUAGCUCCACGAUCAGUACUUCUGUAGCUAAGUAUGAAGGUUCGAGCGUAGGGACACCAUCACUUACCAUCAAUAACCUGGCUGUAUCAGAUGAAGGCAGCUACAGAUGUAAUGCUAUUAACACUGUUGGCACCGGUUCUAGUGGUCUCACCUCUCUCAUCGUAGCCUAUGCUCCAAGAAACACUGUGGUGGACCCAGCUGCCGUAACACGAAGAGAAACAGAAUCUGUAACUUCUGAGUGCUCCACUGAUGCUAACCCUGCUGCUAGCUACCAGUGGGUCAAGGACAGCACCAGCCAGAUUGUGUCAAAUGAGAAGAUUCUACAGAUCAGCAACAUUGACCGUGGACAUGAUGGCACCUACACCUGUACUGCUACAAAUAGUCAGGGCUCAGAUACAGCUAAACUCACAGUUGAUGUCCAGUAUAGACCUAUCAGCACUGUCACUGUUGAAGAGGCCACUGUUACACUUAGCCUUAAUGCCCAGAAGAACCUUGAAUGUAACACGGUGGCCAAUCCAGCUGUGCAGACAUACAGGUGGCUCAAAGAUGGGGACAGCAUUGCUAAUGCCAAUAGUCUGGUAUACCAGGUAACCAUUGCAGACAGCAGCAGCUAUGGAGUCUACACAUGCUAUGCCACCAAUGCCAUCGGACAAUCCUCAUCCAUUGCAUUCACCAUACAAUCAGGAGAUGUUGUGUUUACCACUCCAGCACCAACAGAUGUGGGAUUGACUACUGGUGUCAUCAUUGCUAUCGUCAUUGCAGCUGUUGUCUUCCUUCUCAUCGUCAUAAUUGCAGUCUGCUGUUGUGUUACUCAUGUUGACACGUCAUUUGUCACUAGUAACUUUCAGUCACCAUCAAUUGACAAGUCAUUUGCCACUACUUACUUCCUGUCACCAUCAGUUGACAAGUCAUUUGUCACAAGUUGCUUCCUGUCUCCAUCAGUUGACAAGGAACCUUCACUCAUCCUGCCUCGCCAGGAAGCCAUUACUCUUCAGGAAGACAGUUUCUACAGAAACCCUGCCUCUCAGUAUCGAUACUUACCAGAUUUAACAUACUAUGAGACUGAAGGUUCCAGGCGCGAACGGGACAGGAGAAGCUACACUGCUUCCAUACAUUAA